GUUUCCUUUGUCAACGAGUCGAGUUGGUUAAUGGACGAUAUUUAAUAUUUUCUUACCUGUUUUAGAUAAUGUAAACUUACAGAACAAGUAUAUACACAGUGUAGAAUUCUACACUCCUCUCUGGUUUGACGGAGAUUUAGUUUUUGUUUUACAGUUUAUAAUAUUUUAACGGAGUAGAUUUCUACACAAAGACCUGGCAACCCGGGACUUGUUAAAGUCAGCGUUGGUGUUCCGGCGCGCGCGUGUACUAAACCCUGGGGUCUCCUGAUGCGUCUCGAGUUCCUGCACUUCCCUCUGAAUGCUUAAACAUCCCCGGCGGUUUUCUGCCCCAAGGACUCUCCUCAGGCCGCUGCGUCGAUGAUGGCAGCUGUUUCCAAGGUGACGGAGAGCAUCGUGAUCCUCGACGAUGAUGAUGAUGGUGAAAAGCCUUCCCCGUCGUCGUUUCCAUCUUCUUGCCAUCCUCAGAGUGCCGACACACCUCGAGUCACACAUGUCCCUGAGUCUCCGUUCGCCUCGGCCAGCAAGAAGGUCCACAUCCUGAAAGUGGAGAACGAGAAGCUCUUCAGCGAGUUCGUGGAUCACUGUGUAAAACAUGCCCAGGAGCACCCGGAGGUCGUGCCCUUCCUGAAGUCGAAAUACGCCAAGGCCUUCCCUGACUUCCUGACGUCUGUGGAGUUCCGGAACGCGGUGGGCCGCUGCCUGACUAAAGCCCAGGCGCAAACUAGCAAAACAUUCGUCUACAUUAACGAACUCUGUACCAUUCUUAAAAAGCACUCCUCCAAACGGAAGUCCAACAUUCAGCCGGUGAAACCCCCGAACGGGGACGAGAUUGCCAAUGCGAAUGUGAAGAACGAGUCUGCCAGGGGGAACACAGGCGCUGGGGAGGAGGAAAAGAAAACGAAACGAGCUUCCAGAAAACAGAUAGCACACUUGGAGAACUUGCUGAAGGUUUACAGUGAUGAGAUCAAACGACUGCAGGAGAGGGAAUUGAGUUUGGAGGAAUUGGAGAAGGAGGACUCGUGCUACAUCCAGGAGCACAAGCUCAAACGCAGGAUGAUGAAGAUCUAUGAUAAACUGUGUGAGCUGAAGAACUGUAGCACACAUACUGGCCGUGUCAUGGAGCAGAGGAUUCACUACAGCGGCACUCGUUACCCAGAGAUCAACAAGAAGAUUGAGCGAUUUAUAAACCGGCCUGAGGUCCACGAGAACCCUCCGGAUUACACGGACAUCCUGCAGGUGGUUAAGCGCGCCAACAAGCGCAACCAGCUCAUGCUGAGCCGCAAGCAGGAGGCGCAGAUCGCGCAGGAGGCGUUCUGCGAGACGGGCAGCAAACUGCAGGAGAGGCGCCACCUUGACAUGGUCUACAACUUCGGGUCUCACCUCACAGACCUCUACAAGCCUACCUCAGAUCCUGCCAUAAAUGACUCUUCCUUGGAGAGGAAGUUACGCUCUAACAGAGAAGUGGCACUCGGCUCCCUCGAGGAGGUCAUUAACAAAUACGCUCUCAAACAGGAUGACGCCGAGGAGGAGGACAGGAGAAAACGUCUGGAGAAAGACAAGGCGAAAAAAGAGGAUGGUCAGCAGGCAUCUGUAAAGGCAGAGAGAAGUGACAAGAGUGAAGUUACAAAUCAAGCAGAGGAAGAGAAGAAGGAGAAACAGGAGGGGGAGGAGGAAAAAGAGGAGAAGGAUGAGGAAGAUGAGGAAGAGGAAGAUGCGGAGGAAGACGAGGAAGAAGAUGAGGAAGAUGAUGAGGAAUCUUCAGAUCCGGAUAUCGAGGAGGAGAUCAAGGCCAGCGAAGCACAAGAUGGACCGGAUGAUGAAGACAACGAGGAAGAACGUCUGAGCGCCAGUGAUGACGCUGUACAGCCAGGCAGCAAUGGGUCGUGUCCCUCGGUCAAGUCCCCUGACUGCGGAGAUGAAAGUGCCGAUGAUGUUCCACAGUCUGACAUCAGGACAAGCGGCAGCAUCUCCACAGAAAAAUAUCCGGAAAACAAGCAUUCUCCCGACAGUCCCUCCUCUUCGCACGGCCAUGGUGAGUCGGGUGUCCGGAACCCUCGGACUGGAGAGGCCGACGUGUUACUGGACUCGAACAGUAUCGGCGAAGCCACGGGGAUUCCAUUCGCCAUUGAGGACUGUGUCUCCAUCCCAGUGAUGAUGUCUGCCAAGCAUCCUGAGGCGACUAGCAAAAUGAGUAACAGCAAGAAGAGGAAACGGGAGUCAAAGAGGAACCACACGAUCGUCCAUAAUGGAAACGCCGGAGAGAGCGAUGUGAGUAACAGUGAUGUCUCUCGGGAUGUAAAAAUGGCCUGUAGCCCUGUGCUCGUGGACUCCACCAGGGCGGACACACCCACUCAGGAUUUGGUCAGCAGCUCUCGCUCCACACCUCCCCCUAAAAAGCACAAGGUGAAUGUUGCGACCCAAUGUGACCCAGAUGAGGUGAUUGUUCUCUCUGAUUCGGACUGAGCUGCCGUACUGCUGGGUAACUGGACAACGAGUCCUCGUUACCAUAGCCCUCCAUACUCCAAAUCUGCUGGUGCUUAUCCAGGUCGCAUCCCGUUUCAAAUGCAAUGAAGCCAGGUGUCUGUCUGAAGCGAGAAACAAAGUAAAGAGGAGCUGUUUUGCUGUGAAUUGAAGCAUUGCUAUCAUAUAAUUACCUUUUUUUUUUUUUUUUUUUUUUUACGCCAACACGGCUAGCUGCAAUGUUGCCCAUGUGGCUAAGCAGCACAGAUUCAGGGUAUUAUUCAUGGGGUAUUUUAUAGAAAAAUAUAAACGUUCAUUGUAUUGUUCUAUUGUAUUUGAAUAUUCUUUUUUUUUUUUAAACAGAUGAAAGUUUGGUCUUUGUCCCUGUUUAAAAAGAUUUAGUUAAGCAGGGAGGGCCUAAUUUAUUUUUCUGUUGAGUUCCCUUAAAA